CUGCCUAUCGGCGGACUGGACUGAUGGCCAUCGCCCCGCCGCCCCCACCCCUCAUCGCGGCUCGCCGCCGCAGGCCGUUCGGCCGCGCGCCGCGGCAGCCGGCGCAGCAAGAAGCGGCGGCGGUGGUAGUUGUCGUGGCAGAAGAAGGUUAUGAAGAACAGGAACGGGCGGAGAAGGAUGAUUAUUGCAGAGGGAUUUAGGGGUUAACGAGCCGGAGGAAGCAACGCGCGGCGCCUACUCGUACUGGUGGAGGAACCACAUGCGCGCGCCAUCCAGUCCAAAUUGCUCGUCGCCAACAUCCAAGGUGAGGCACUGUCAUGUCACGCCCUCUACUAUUUCUAUUGCUGAUGUCAAAUCGAUGAUCAAGCGAUGGCUAGUAUUUAUUUAUUUUUGGAAAGCUUAUUACUAGUUCACUACUAGUCAGUACUCAGUACAGUAGCACCUCUUCGACCAUGAGAUUUUUCUGAAUUUUUUGUAGCAUUUUCUGAUAAGAAUGCCUGCCUUAAUAUUCAUAGUAAUGUUGAAUAGAUUUGCAUGAUUGUGUUUCGGAGAUAGAGAAGAGGGUGAGGGGCUGACGGCGAUGAUCACUUGAUCGGACGUGCCGGUGCUUUUGGAAAGGAUGUGGAGCUGUUCUUCAAGAGCAGGCCUAACUGAUAAACUAUGUUGAGGUGAAAUGUAGAUGUUAUCAAGCCGUUGUUGAUUGAACUGCUAGGUGCAAGCAGGCCUCAAAUUCGACUUCUGAUGAGUACUGAACUGGCAACCGAAUCACUAGGACUAACACCUUUGCCGUGUUUGAGUGUUGUUAGGCCUCGAUGAUAGACAUGUGGAUAUUGAUGGCAGCUGGAAAUGCCGACGCCAGGUGCUGACGCAAGGCUGGUUAGAUCACCAGCUACAUUUUGUUUUCCAUUGUUUAACGUAUAAGUUAUAUCCCCAUUAAACGCAUAAGUUAUAUCCCCAACAUAUAUGUGUUAGUUUAAAUUGUGUUAGAGCUUUUGUAGGAUAACGAGCAUUUUAUCCCUGAAUUUUUAUUAAACCAUGUAAUCCCGUAAUUUGAUUUUUGAUUUAUUUUUUCUUUCCUGAUACCGUUGACCUGUACACUGACUUUUAGGAAAAAAAAUCCUCAUUGUCAAGACGCAGAAAGUGAAAAAUAGUAAUAGUGAGAUAAAUGUAUGUUACACUCAUUGGUGUCACUCUGUGACUUUGGAGGGGGGUAUUGUGCUGGGUUACGUUCAGUUGACAAAUAGAGUUUACUCGUAAGGUCGAUUCGCUGUUUGCCUACCCACUAGAGAAAAGUAGUGGCGCAACUAUGUUGCCGCUUGACCUAUUACUUAGAAGUUUUAGUCUCCUUAGUGCCUUAUGUUGACUUGAUCAACUAUUACCAUCAAUGAUUUGCUCUCACCUUUUUUAAUUUAGUUAAUCCAUUACCUGGCAAGAAAUAUGCAACCUCUUCCGUGUCAUAUAUACAAAAUAUUUUGGUACAUGGGAUACUAAUAUUCAAAACACUGAAAGCUGCCAAGAUGCCACUGCACAUAAUAUUCCUGUAUUUUCCGAUUGUGACAUUUCAUCAUUAUCCAAUUACCUUUUCAGUCAGUGCGAGAUUGGAGAAACUUCAUGGUCUCAAAAACAGUUGUACUUUCAAAUGACAACUGACAAUGUCUUUCUGCACACAGGGCAUCUGUAAAGUAGUAAUGCUAGAGAUAAGUGUGUGAAGACUUAUUCAUGUUUGGUUGAUGUCCCAUCCACAGUCGGUUAGCAUAGUUUGCUCUUCUACUGUUCACAUAGGAUAGGUUGCUCAAAAGACAUCAUCUAUGAUUGGGUAGUACCAUGCUCAAAGUGAUUUACUUUGACCAUGUUAUUACAGGCAAUGCUCAUCCAUGAGAGAGAUGUAUCAUAAUCUUCGUGAAGUGAAAUUUUAAGGUGAUGGCCAUCCCAUGAAGACCGGAUCUAAUAGAUUGACAUAUCAACCUACUUAUCAAAUUUUGCUAAUAUAUUUCAGAGUUGCCUAUGAACUUCACAUGGUAAUCACUUUGCAUUUUGUUCAUAAUUUAUUGUUAAUGUAGGCUACCUUAAGUAUAUAUUCCAAGAUCCCUUGCACCAAAAGGAGAAAAGAAGUAGAAACGCCUAAGUAUAUAUUCCAAUGCCUAUUCUGUAACAGAGAAUCACUGCUUUGCCAAAUUUUGAUAUGCAUUAAUUAUAACUGAAUGUGCUAAUCCAAAAGCCAGAAGUCCUCAAACACGUUAAGUUUGGAAAAGCAUCUCAAAUGUCUAAUCGGAAUGAACAAAACGGUCGCCAGCUAAGUUAGACCUAUGUGCUAGAACAUGCAUCUAAAGACAUAUCUGAACCUGUGGAUUGUUUCAGGACAUCAGUGCAUCCAUUGAAUGACAUAAAUACUCUGUAUAUGGAGAUGAUAUGUUAUGGAGAAAUCAAUAGCUCCGUAUUGGUACAUGUAUUAAGAAGAAAAAAUGGAACCCGUUCUCUUGAUUGUCGAAACAACUCUGAUCAGUGUUCUGUCCUGGUUCAAGAGGGAAAGCAUCUUCUUGUUUAUCUAAUUUCAGCACCACAGUACUAUUGGGGAUCUUAAUGUACGAAGAUAAGAGCUACUUGGUGAAGCUUGUUGAUUCGGAGAUAAAGCCCAGCAAGUUGAUGUAGAGGGACCAUAGUCCCCUUCUGGCAAGCAGCAUAUCGUUGUCCGAUUACAGUACGUAUUCUACACCAUUCCUUUCCUGCUCCAUUUCUGUUUAGUACUGCUGCUCUCUGCUUGUUAUGUUGAUCUAAACCGGCGAUAGAUAUCCAAAUUAAGCUGAAACAGGAUAUCAAGAGUGUGUUUUCUCCCUCUUUCUGUUCUGUUGCUGUACUGAAGUCCCUAUCUUGUUAGGUAUAACAGUUCGUUGCUUCACGAGUGCGGUCAAAUUAAUCUUUGUCACGAGGUGGUACCACUUAGGCAAAACCUUUCCUCUCUUUUUCGGAAAGUUAGGGUCAUUUGUUUGCGCCUGAUUCCAGUCUCAUACUACUACUAUGCUGGUCUCGAGGCUAAAUUGUAAUUGUAAGGCCAUCUGAAUACUAACUGCCGUAUAAACAAAGUACUAGCCGUGAACACGUACCGGCAGUCGGCAGAUGGUCGUCCAAGCAAGCAAAAAAAUAUCUUUGAGUAAGGCGUGGCUCCGUACCUUAUUGUGCUGAUUUUAUACAGAAAGGUUCUGGCAUCAACUUGCUUGUGUUUGAUAAUCGUCCUGCACUUAGUUGGGGCAUAUUCCCUAGCUGUUCAUUCUUCGAGCAAUUUCUUUUGGUUUUCAAGUAAGAGCAUAUUGCAACGAGUAGCACCUUUCAUUCACAUAUAAUGAUAAAAAUAGAAGCCAGGCAACCUUUUUAGGGACUAUUGGCUAUGCCACACAAUUCAGCAGUACGACAAGUCCUUGAUGCUCUUCAGUCUGGACGAUCUUGUAAUGGUAGUCGGCUUAUAUGGUAGAAUGGGCAAAAAUGGCACCAUCUCUUCACGGAAUAUGGCUUUUAAGGCUUUUAUCAUCAAAUUUUCACAGUAAUAUAUUUGUUCAAAAAUACACUUUCGUGCGCGAUCAAUCUGAAUAGUUUGUGCACAUCAAGGAAGCUCGACCAUCAAAAUUGUGCAAUUUCAUGUAGGCUGUUCUUUGUUGGUCCGGUGAAAAAUCAACCCAUCGCCUUUUUUUCUCAUCGGAAAGAAGGGUCUUCUCCGGCCUCCGCAUAGUUGCUGCAUGUUUUUGGAGAAAACGGGGGUUUCCCCUGAUUUCCAUUGCUGGAAACCAGAUGGAAGUUCUUACAAACCACCAGCGUACAGUUGGUGCUUGUAUUCACAUCACUCAUAGUCGUCUUCGUAACCUUCCACUCUUCCAGUGGUAGGGGGAUGUGACGGAUCCCUCUUCACGUACGCCAUCCAUCUAAAAGCCUGAUUCGACUGCUUAGGCGACUUGCCAAACAUUAGCGGUAAACAGUUAUCAUGCGGCAUCGCCUGGAUUAGUCUUUUUUACUGCAGGGGGAGAGAAUAGUGCGCGUGACCCUACCCUACCCUGCAUCUUUCUUUUCAGUGCACAACAGCAGCACCGCUCGGGCGUGCACUAGUAGCUGUAGUGUACGCGCCAAGCCCCGACCCUUCUUAUACCCACGCCCCCUCCACUUCAACCUCCCAGCAAAACACACACGCACGCACACAGUCCCCGCACGAGCUGAAGGCACCCACAGGGCUUUUCAUUUCCACGUACAGGGGAAGAAAGAAAGCCCGUCCGGCCGGAAAUGUUCCGCCAUUCCUCGUCGGCGCCUUCGUACGGCGACGCCUACAUGCAGGAGGCCCUGCCCGCAGUGCCGACCCUGAUCCCUCGCUCUGCCGCCGGGGGAUACUUCGACGGUGGCAAUGUCGGUGGAGUGUUCCCUCCCUUCGCCGCCGCCUCGUCUCCGCCGUCAUCCUACUCCUCGUCGUACUACAACAUCCAUCGCAGCAUCAGCGCGCACUCGCUGCCGCUCCCGCUCCACAUCCAGCUCGGCGACAACUUCAACGGCGGCGGCGCAUUCUUCUCGUCCUCGUCCCCGUCCCCUCACCAGCAGCUGUCUUUGCCGCCCAUGUCCUCCUCCCCGUCCUCCUCCUGCGGCGAUCUGUAUGAUUUCAGCAGCUCCGCAUGCACAGUCCGCCGCGUCUUCAGCACCGGCGAUCUCCAGCAGGGGAUGAACGGGUCAUCGCCGGUGCCGUCAGGCGACGGCUGCGGCCAAGACGCCGGAGGAGGCCCGUUCUCGCAGAAGGUCGGGCGAUACAGCGCUGAAGAGCGCAAGGAGCGGGUAGAGAGAUAUCGCUUAAAACGCCACCAGAGGAACUUCACCAAAAAAAUCACCUACGCGUGCAGGAAGUCGCUGGCCGACAGCCGGCCGAGGGUGAAGGGCCGGUUCGCGAGGAACGGCGAGGCGGAGGCGGAGACCGACGACCGGGAGGCGUCCGAUAACAGCUAUGACUAUUGCGGCUACAGCGAGCCCAGCAACCAGAGCACCGGGAACAGCCGCUACCACGGCCAGCAGCAUAUCAAGGACGACAGAGUCUGCAACGGUGCCGCCGCAGCAGCGUUCGCUGGAGUCAGCGACAAUGGCGACUGGUGGUGGCGGGCUCCGGGGGCGGAGGGGCCGCGGCAGGUCGGCUUCGACGUCGACGAGGAGCUGUGGGCCACCCUGGGCGACAUGCUGUCCGUGAACCUGGCGUCGUAGUAGGCGAUCGGUGGAUCGACGGCAUGGAUGGGUCGGUGGAGCCGUUAGUGGUUUUUGGUGGGCUCCGUCCGACGCACCAGACGGCAGCACUACCAUAGCCCGAUCGGUCAGGUCAGGGUGGCGGCUCGGCCAGCUGCCGUGUGCGCGGCACAGUGCAGCCAUGGAGGUCAGAGUGGCGCCCGUUGACCUUGUCCCCCGGGGUUGUAUUAUUGUAACCUUUAGCCAGAAACAUCAUGAGAGUCGGAGACAAAAGGAGAGACCGAUCGCCUUCCUCGUGUUAGACUUUGAGAACAACUUGUGUGUGUUCCGUGAGUUCCCGGUUACUUCCAUGUAUAAAAAAGCUUGAAAAAUUAUCUGUC